UCUCCCUCUUUUUUUCCCUCCCAGCUCCAGCACUUUCUCUCAAGUACCUUCCUCUGAUCUGCAACCAGAGGAGAGAGCCCAGCCUCUGGCAUUUGCAAGUGCUCCUUGGUGUCCCUGGAGCACCAUGUCCAUUUCACAGCCAGCUUCCCUGUAGGAUUCUCAGCAGCUGCUGCAUCCCUUCCCAUUCCUAUGCUGGUCCUCCUUUUCCAGACAAAACACAGCUCUCCUUCUCUCCUCCUCCUUUCACCCCAUCCUGCCUUUGCAGCCAGAGAAGUGGAGCUGCUACCACUCUUAUCCCAAGGUCACCCUUUAAGCAAAGCUUGCCAAGCAGGAGGCUCCCUCAGGAAUGCCUGGGCAGAUCCCAGCACUCAGAAGAUGUGCACCAGGAUGAAGAGGCACGCUGAGCACCUCGUGUGUCUGUCCCACCUCUGAUUUGUGCCCUAGGUGCACACCACAGAGGGCUCAUGUCCUUGUGAGGGGGUUCUCUGCUCCCAGAGGCUGGAGUGAGAGCUGGGGCAGCUCCUGGAUCCACCAUGGACCAGACAGGAUGCCCACCCUCAGAAAGCAGCUGGGGUCUGUCAAAAACAACAGCAUCUGUGUUUCCCUCCUCCAGUUUGACCUGGUGUGUGAAAGGACGAUCCUGAACGACAUCUCCCAGUCCAUCUACAUGGCUGGGCUUCUCGUAGGAGCCAGCUUCUUUGGGGUGCUAAGUGACAGGAUCGGCCGCCGGCCAGUCUUUCUGAUCUGCAUGCUCCUCCAGGGCGUGUUUGGUCUAGGAACUGCCUUUGUGCCCCAUUUCUAUGUCUACAUCGCCUUCAGGUGUGUCGUGGGGGCUGCAGUGUCAGGAAUUAUGAUUACUGUCGUGGCCGUGGGUACAGAGUGGGUUGGAAUCUCCUACCGGCCUAAGGCAGUGCUUAUUGCUCACGCCGCUUUUGCCAUCGGACAGAUGAUGGUGGCUGGAUUGAGCUAUGGAAUCCGCAACUGGAGGCUGCUGGAGAUUGCAGGAUCCGCUCCUAUGUUUGCCCUUUUCUUCUACAUCUGGUAAGCAGGAGUUGGGCAGAGCUUCUGUAAGA